CCUUUACUCAUCUUCCUCAUAAUGUCAUCGGUGGUGGCAAGAACCAACGGCGAGGACGGAAAGCACUACCCUGCUCCACUCUCCCCUCACGAGGAUGUAGUGAAGGACUCCACUCUCUUCUGGGACACUCUAAGGCGCUUUCACUUUGUCAUGGGCACCAAAUUCAUGAUUCCUGUUAUUGGAGGGAAGGAACUGGAUUUGCACGUUCUUUACGUGGAAGUUACCAGAAGAAGUGGCUACGAGAAGGUUGUCGCAGAGAAAAAAUGGAGGGAAGUUGGUAGUGUUUUCAGAUUCUCAGCUACGACCACAAGCGCAUCUUUUGUACUCAGAAAACAUUACUUCAGUCUUCUUUUUCAUUAUGAACAAGUUCACUUCUUUAAAGCUCGGGGUCCUAUCUAUACCCCACCACCAGAUGCAUUUUCCGGCAACAGCCCCUCGUGGAGACCUGAAUUAGCUAUUGUGGAAUAUUCGCCUAAGCCUACAAAUAAUGGUCCUGAGUCUUAUGUUAAAGAUACUUCAUGUCUUUCAGGAAAUGGAACUAUUGAGGGAAAAUUUGACUGUGGUUAUUUAGUGUCGGUGAAACUUGGUUCAGAAGUUCUUAGAGGGGUGCUUUACCAUCCCGAACAUUUGGUUCCUCCUCCGUCAAUUCCACAACAUGAGAAUGCAAUUGUACCAUUCAACCGCAAACCUCACCGUUCUGGUCGAAGGAGGAGAAACAAAAGAAGGUGGGACCCCAACUAUCCAAAGCCAAAUAGGAGUGGCUAUAACUUCUUCUUUGCUGAAAAGCAUUACAGUCUCAAAUCUCUCUACCCAAACAGAGAAAGGGAGUUUACCAAAAUGAUUGGCCAGUCAUGGAACAGUCUUAGCCCUGAAGAAAGAACGGUUUACCAGAACAUUGGCUUAAGAGACAAAGAAAGGUACAAGAGAGAAUUGACGGAAUACAAAGAGAAGAUGAAGCUUAGGACCCCAGAAGCUGCACGUCCAUAGAAUCUCACCGGUACCCUUUGUGGCAGCAAAUGAAUGAUUUAGAUAUAUUUUAUAAUCUGUUUGACUUUUUUACAUACAUAUAUUGUUGUGGAUAAUGGUCCACUGGUCUCAGGUUUAUAGGACUAUUGCUUUUUAUUUAUUUCUUUUCUUUUUUAUUUAAAAAGAAAACUAGUCUCGAUAGAUAGUCAGACUCUUUCGUUUCGUUUAAUCAAUCUAUUAUCUUCCCAAUUUU